CCAAACUACUUCUUCUUGCGUUGCUAGCACCAACAUCAUCAGCAACAGGCAGCCCCCUGUUGGUUCGUGACAGCAGAAGCGCAUCGAACAAACCGCAAGCGGGCUACUCGCAACGCAUCCAUAUCUCUUUCAAUGGCGGUCCGGCAGCGCAGAAACAACCAGGCACGCCGGUGCCUCCGGGCGCUGCCGUUGCCCCUGCCGCUGCCGCUGCUCUUGCUACUGCCCCUGCUGCUGCCCCACAACGCGGCAAGAGCGGUUGCGGAGAAGUUCGACCCGUACAUCGUCAACGGCGGCCUCGUCAGCGCCGUAGCCGGAAGAAACUUCGCCAUCAUCGCCUCCGACACCCGCAUGAUCGGCGAGGGGGGCUACGUCCUCCAAUCCCGGAGCCACCUGUCGAACCGGCUGUGGUCGGUCGGAGGAGGCGGCAACGGCGACGACGAAAGGGGCCUCGUAGCGGGCAUCGAGGAGUCCCUGCGAGGCAGCAGCGGCGACGGCUCCCGUUACCACCGGGCGGCGAGGGUGAUCGAACUGGAGGACACCACCGUGGCAGAGGCUCCCGUCUGGAUCGGGUCCUCCGGGUGCAGCACCGAUUGCUCCCAGCUCCGAAAGGUGGUCCGCGCCGACGUUCGGGCGGCCUCGCACUUUGGACAGGUGUCCUUCUCCAGCCCCGAGAGCAUCGCCAACCUCCUGGGGCAGACCCUGUACGGGAGGCGGGGCUUUCCCUACUACGCCUUUUGCGUCGCCAGCGGACUCGGGGACACCGAAACCGACCCCUGCGGCAGGGCGUACGUCUACGACGCGAUCGGGUCGUACGAACGGGUCGCCGUGGCGGCGGCCGGGACGGGCCGCGAGCUCCUGCAGCCCGUCCUGGACCGCGCCUUUGGGGCGUCGUCGUCGUCGUCGUCCCCCGACCCGCGGAGGGUGGUCGACGGGACCCCCUCCGAAGCGAUCGAGGCCCUCUGCUCGGCCUACCGAUCGGUCUCGGAGCGGGAGAUCGGCGUCGGAGACGCGCUGGUCCUGCACGUGUCGGAACGCAGGCCGAGCGGGGCCGUCCGCCGCCGCGUGUUCGUCGUCCCCCUGAAGGAGCACUGAGCGGGGCCGGGCCGGGCCGGGCCGGGUUGGACCCGGGACGGGGCGAUAUGGAUCGCAUCGCACCGCAUCGCAACGGACUUGGUGGGGCCGGGCCGCCAAACAUCGGACGCGCGGGAUCGCGUCGCUGCGUGCACCGAAUGGUUUGCAGGCAGCGGGAUGCAUCCAGAACGGAUCCGCGGGCCGGAGAACCCGAGCGGAGCUCUUGUUCUGCUCCAUCGAUGCGUCUGUUCCGCGGCGACGUCGAACGCAUGCCAUGUCGAAACGACGGACCGACAGCCUUGCCCCGCCCCGCACCACGCGGCCACGGCGACCGCAACCAUUCCGAUCGAGCUGCGCUCGCGGAUUGCGCCGGCAAGAUGGGAUUGGUCGCACGAGGGACAAAGCUCUACACGAGCGAGCUGCCGGAGGCAACAAGCGAAUCCAUUCUGUGCUUCCGUUCUGCAAUCGUUGUCCGAAACAAAACGGCCAGGAUUGCCGGAGCCCCGGCGACGGCACUGACCAUUUUGUCUCGUAGUUCUCUCUGUGGGGCCCGGUACAAACCCCAAUCACGAGUAGAUAGCGAAUAACAGCGAGUAAGCUCACUCUUUACCGAAGAGCCACCUAGCAUCCCUCAAUAAGGAGUAUUUCGCAGG